AUGUCGCACAACUCAACAGGGCUGACUUUACCAGCAGACACGUGUAACAAUUAUACGAUUCAGAUAGGACAAUGUAAUGGAUUACCGAUUUGUGGUUUCUGUUACAAUUUUGGUCAGUACCAUCAGCCAGCGCCUGAAUAUGAGCUUUAUAACAUGGCAAGUGCAUAAAUUUUUUUUAACUGAAUAUAGUUUUGGUAUCGUAUUUUACAUUUUUUUAAAAUUUUUAUACUUGUUAGUACUGAAAGUUGGUGAUAUUAGUACCACCAAUGCUGUUAGUAUUAUAAAAUAUUAUUACUAGCAAAAUCAGCGUUGUUAUUAUUAAAAAAUAGUAUUAAUAGUAUUUUUAAGAUUAUAAAGUGGUAUUAUUAGUACCGCUAUUAUUGUUAAGAUUAGAAACAAGAAUAGGUCAAAAAAUAGUAUUAUUAGUUUGGCUAGCAUUGUUGAGAUUACAAAAUAGUACUAUUAGUGCCUCCAUCAUUACUAGCUUUAGAAAGUAAAACUAGUAGUACCACCAGCACCAGGGCCGGGCGGGGACUUUUAGUCUGGGGGCGGGGGUCCAAAAAAAUCGGCACCGGUAAGCUACCUGUGCCGAUUUUUUUGCGAAAUUUUUUUUCCGAAAGUCCACAGGGGGACCACGUUCAAUUUUCUGCUAAAAUUUUUUUCUGUGGGGGGUACCCCCCCCUGUCCCCCCCUCGCGCCCGGCCCUGACCAGCACCACUUUUUAAACUUUGCCUACGCUAAUUUUUUAAAACAAAAUUAAUUUUUGUUUGUUGACUGUCGACAAAUUGAGUUCAAAUUUAUUAAACUUGUGGGUUAAAUUGCAAAUUUCGCUAAUUUUUAAAUUAACAUAACUCUUUUUUUAAACGUAUGUCACUCAAAAUGAACUCAUCAAAAUUAAAAUUCAGCUUAUUAGGCAUAAACCUUGAACUCUUGUUUUACAUACAUAUUUUAGAUUUAAUACUAGUUUUAAUUUUAUAUUGAGAAGUUAAAAAAAGUUUUGUCGUUUUUAACCGUGAAAGUUAGGGUAUAUUGGCGACAAGUCUUUUUUAAUGCCAUUAAUUAAAAAACAACAAAAUUUUGAAAAAAUUAUGAAAUUUUUAAAAAUUUUUAGGCAGAUAAGAGUAUAUUCUAGCCCUAAAGAUGUUUUUGGGAUACUAAUUGUCAUAGCUCUUUUACCUGCAUAUUAUACUUUGAAUCAAAUUUCAAAAAAUUAUUUUUUAAUUUUAAAAUUAAAAAAAAAUUGUAAUUUCCAAAUUUCAGAUCUUAAUUUGCAUGAUCUUGCCAAUCCUCGGCUUCCUCGGCCUGAUAGGCAACUCCUUAUCAGCCUUUGUCUACUCUCGGAAGUCGAUGCGCAGCUCUCUCAACUGUUACCUAUUCUCGUUGGCCUUCAGUGAUGCCACCAUCAUCUCCACCUCAUUUUUCCUGUUUUUUCUCGAAAGUAUGAGGAAGAGGUCGGCGUUUGUGUCAAAGUAUUUUGCACUAACAGCACCGUUAAUGUUCCCAUUGGGACUGACAGCUCAAAGUUUGAGUGUUUUCUUGACUGUCAGUGCUGCUUUCGACUGCUUUCUUCAAGUGAUUGCGAGUGAUCGGAUCAAGGAGAAGAUUUGUACGCCAAGUACUACUAAAUGGGUAGGUUUUGGCAGCUAUUUAAUGGGUUAAAAAUUGAUUAUUUAUGAUUUAUUAUAGGUUAAAACGCAAUUUUUCUCGGUUUUAGGCCAAAAUUUGAUGUUUUUUUGCGAAAAUAUUGACCUUUUUGUCUAAAAUUCCAUUUUUUAGGUAACAAAACUUUAUUUUUUAGUUAUAACUUGUGAAAACGUCUACAUUUUAGAAGUUACACUACCUUACAAUUCACAUUUUGUAUAAAAAAACUGUUUUUUAAACUGUAAAAGGGCAAUUUUUAGUCAAGACUCCCUCUUUUAUUACCUAAAACAGAUUUUUUUGCUUUUUUACCCUAAAUAUAAGUUGAUUUCUGUGUAAAAUAGUCUCUUCUAUGUUAAUCAGUAACCAAAAACAUGUUUUUCAGGUAGUAAUGACUAAUAUUUUACUGGCAGUUCUGUUCAACUUAUCACAUGUUUUUGAGAUCUCAGUGAUUCAUUGUUGGAAUACCCACUAUUCUCAGCCCAGCUACGAUGUUUGUCCUACGGAGUUGAGGCAAAAUGAAGUAAGAGGUUUAAAAAUAUAACUUAAUAUUUAUUUUCGACAAUUCUAGGCUUAAGAAAUUAAUUUUAGGCUUAAAAUUAAUUUAUAUAACUUUAGGCUUAAAUAUAAAAUUUAGGCUUAAAAAUGAAAUUUAGGCUUAAAAAUAAUCUUUUUACUGCUAAUUUUAUCAAAAAACAAAUAAAAUUUACAAAAUUUAUUUUUAGAUCUACUUCACAUUUUACUACGCCUACCUCUACACAAUAGUAAUGGCAGUUGGGCCAGUAUUGUUGUUGAUUAUCUUGAAUACAGCUAUUGUUAUCAUAAUAAAAAACACACGACAAAACGAUCAAAGUGGCGAUGGAUCAGAUAUAACAACAUUUGUACUGGUCGUGUGUUUGUUCAUAGCUUGUAAUAUCAUGGUAAGUCAGUCAAGUUUCUUUUUUACUAGCCUUAGUUCAGAGCCCUGGCCUAAAGUCUUAACCUAAUUCACUAGCCCAGAGCCCCAGUCCAGAGCCCUAGCCCAGAGCCCUAGUUCAGAGCCCUAGCCCAGAGCCCUAGUUCAGAGCCCUAGCCCAAAGUCCAAAACCCUAGCUCAGAGCGGUAGCCAAGAGCCCUAGCCCAAAGCUCUAGUCCAAGGUCUAACUCAAGGCUUAGCCUAAGCUUAUGCCUAAGCCCUAAUUCUUACCUUUGUCCGUAUCCGUGCCUUAUCUAAGCCUUGUUUUACCUUAGCCUAGCCUUAGCUCUUGUCCCAGCCGUAAUUUUGCCUUCUUAAGCCAUGCUUUACCUUACUCAUACCCUGCUCUGAAACCAACCCUCACCUCUAUUUUGACGCUCUAGCCGUGACCCCAGCCCUAGCCCCACUAUCAGUUCUAGCCGUAGUUCCAGCCUUACUCUUAGACCUAGUCCUAAGCUAAAUUUAUUUUCAGCCCUUAACAGUAAACUUUUUGGAGUUGAUGUUAGCGAUUGAGAACUCGUACCUAAUUGACGCUUCUAAUCUCAUGGUCGUCCUUAAUUCCUCCUGUAAUUUCAUCAUUUACUACGUUUUCGGAGCUCAAUUUCGACGAACUUUGAAGGACGAAUUCCCUCUAGCAGUCUACAUAAAACGGUCGACUUUGAAGUAUAAUGCAGUAGAUGACGACUUCUUACCAGAGUCUAUACUAUGCCAGACUAGCGUUUCUAGUCCGUUAAUAUCGGCCUUGAAGGCGGACGACGAGGAUGUGGAACAAUCGACUGGUCGAGGCGACGGAAGUGGCAAAAAUGGUACUGGAGGUGGUUUAGUAAGUCAAACUGGUGCUGAGGGAAGUUUACUGGGCCAAUCUGGUACUGGAGGAAGUAUACUACAACAAAGUGGUACUAGAAGCAAUUUUUCGUUCCAGAAUGGUACUGGUAGCCAAGUUGUAGGCCAAAGUGGUACUGUUAGUCAAGAAACGGGCUUAAAUGGUACAGCUAGACAAGGGGAUAGCCUAGCUGGUACUCUUGGCCAAGUGAAUAACCAAAAUGGUACUGUGGGCCAAUUUGUAAGCUUAAAUAGUACCACAGGCCAUGUUAUGACCCAAAAUCUACAAAACAGCCAAUCAGCUAGUCAUACCUCAAAACCUACUAGUCCAACCACAAAAUCGACCACUCAGGUUCACUUUACCAAAAAAUCAAUCUACCAAACGUCUAAAACUUACAGUAAUCCUACAGAGAAAGCGACUACUCCUCAAAGCAAAAAAAUCCUGGGUCGAGGGAUUUUGAAGAGCAAACCGGCUGUCAGUAAGCACAAAUCAACUCAGUUAGUCAAUUUGAUUUCAGUCGAUGAAUACUUGACGGAUCGGCCAAUGCCGUACUCAAAAACGACCGGUUAUGACUUUAAAAAACAGUCAACACCAUUGAUUGCGGUCAUAGCGCCGGCUAGUCCAGCUUUGCUCGAAAUUAAUGGGAAUAGCAAACAGAAUGGGAAAAGGUGUCAUGUAUGA